GUUACUAGUGUCCUGAGCAGGAAGAGGGGCGAGUGGAGCCGCUGGUGGGGGGAUUAAAAAACACUCCAGCCCAAGCAACAACAACAACAACAAAAACCCAACAACCAAAAAAAACCAAAAAACCAACAACCCAGCCCCACACACACGCAGCCAGCCAGCCAGCCGGCCGAGCGAGGCAGCUCCUUACCGAAGGGAAAGCCAAAGCCAUGAGCAAUCAAUACCAAGAAGAGAGCUGCUCUGAGAGGCCUGAAUGUAAAAGUAAAUCUCCAACUUUACUCUCCUCCUACUGCAUAGACAGCAUCCUGGGCAGGAGGAGCCCCUGUAAAAUGAGAUUGCUAGGAGCUGCUCAGAGCCUGCCUUCUCUGUCUAACAGGACAGAACAGGACAAGGCCGUGCAAGGAUCCCCCAAGGGGAGCCCCACGUUCGAGCCCGCCGAGCUGCACCUGCCCCCCAAGCUGCGCCGCCUGUACGGGCCCGGAGGGGGCCGGCUGCUGCCGGGGGCUGCCGGGCCGCGGGCGGAGGGGGCCGCCGCCCAGUCCUGGGACACGCUGAAGAUCAGCCAGGCGCCCCAGGUCAGCAUCAGCCGCAGCAAGUCGUACCGGGAGAACGCGCCCUUCGCACCCCCGCCGCCCGCCCUGGACGAGCUGGGGCGCCCCGAGGAGAGGCCGGGGCCGGCGGCCGCGGGGGUGCCCGAGGAGGAGGAGGACGAGGACGAGGAGCUGCUGGAGGAGGAGGAGGAGGAGGACGAGGAGCUGGAGGAGGAGGACGAGGAGGAGCUGCUGGGGGAGGCCGGCGGGGGGCUCCUGAAGGAGCCCAGGCGCGGCGCUGCUCCCGCCACGGGGCCCGACGGUGGGGAGCUGUCCCCCAAGGAGGAGCUGCUGCUGCACCCAGAGGACGCCGAGGGCAAGGACGGCGAGGACAGCGUGUGCCUGUCGGCGGGCAGCGACUCCGAGGAGGGGCUGCUCAAGAGGAAGCAGCGGCGCUACCGCACCACCUUCACCAGCUACCAGCUGGAGGAGCUGGAGAGGGCCUUCCAGAAAACCCACUACCCAGAUGUCUUCACCAGGGAGGAGCUGGCCAUGCGGCUGGAUCUGACCGAAGCCCGAGUGCAGGUAUGGUUCCAGAACCGUAGGGCUAAAUGGCGGAAGAGGGAAAAGGCUGGGGCUCAGACACACACCCCAGGUUUGCCUUUCCCUGGUCCCCUGUCAGCAACUCACCCACUCAGUCCAUACCUUGAUGCUAGUCCUUUCCCUCCUCAUCACCCAGCUCUAGACUCCGCCUGGACUGCUGCUGCAGCAGCUGCUGCUGCCGCCUUCCCUAGUCUACCUCCUCCACCUGGUUCUGCAACUUUGCCACCAAGUGGGACUCCGCUAGGCCUCAGCACUUUCCUGGGCGCAGCUGUAUUCCGGCAUCCAGCCUUCAUCAGCCCUGCAUUUGGCAGGCUCUUUUCCACUAUGGCUCCCCUGACUAGUGCUUCCACUGCUGCUGCCCUACUGAGACAGCCCACUCCUGCCGUGGAAAGUGCAGUGCAAUCAAGUGGGCUAUCAGAUCCAGCAACAGCUGCAGCAGACAGACGGGCUUCUAGCAUAGCAGCUCUGAGGCUGAAAGCAAAAGAACACGCAGCUCAGCUCACACAACUCAAUAUUAUCCCUGGAAACAGCACAGGGAAAGAGGUGUGCUAAAAUAAAUACAUAAAUAAAGGUCACCUCAGCUAGUACGAAUCAAGACCAAAUGGAAAAAGAGGACCAGCGAUUAAGACAUUGGAUAGGUUCUCGGGUUAGGAACUUGAAGAAAGCAAGCAUCAGCACUCACAUGAGUGAACCAACAUUUACAAGCUCCUGAAUGAGUAACUCCUUGGCUGG